CACCCCGCCCCGCCCGUGCGUCACAGCGUCGCCCCACCCCUCGCCCUGGCCACGCCCCUCCGCCUCGUCCCAAUGCGCCUGCGCCGCCCGGCGCGCGAGGUGACCCCUGGGAUGGGGGCGGGGUACUGGCGUCGCCCGUGGACAGUCGCCAUGGCCGAGGGCCCCCCAGUACAGCCUGGAACACCUACCGUGACCCGCAACCGUCACCGCGCCUUGAGGAUCCCAACCAUGGCCUGGGUGCCCCUGUCAUGGCCUGAGGACCUCCACCGUGGCGUGGAGUUCCCCUUGCCCUGGGAGACCUCAGGCCUUUGGGGAUAUCCCAGCGUGGGUGACAGCCAGUGGGGGCUCAGAGGGUCAAAGGAAGUGCCGGGGGAGCUCUGGGGUUCUGGCAGUUUCCUGCCGAGGCUCUUGAAAACCGGCCACGCUAGAGCCAGGCUCAGAGAGCGGGGCAGGCAGGAGCCCGAAGCCAAGUGCCAUAACACUUCCCAGGUACUGUCAAGUCUCUGCCCAGGACUCUGCAGUCAGUGGCGGCGAUGGCAUUCGUCCCUGAUUUGGACACACUGGAGAAUAGCAGCCUAAAUGAGGAGAUGUUUUAUGGCCCCGACUGCCUCUGCCCGCAGAAGAAACCCCGACUGGACUUGGAGGUGACAUCACCCAGGGUGGGCAUCCAAGUGACAGUGACCAAGGGACACCCUGCCAGGACCUUUCGCCGGGCUGCUGUCCUGGUGGUUGCUGUGACCAAGUUCCUAAAGCAGCCAGCGCACAAGGACUUUGCUGACAGUGACCUUGGCAGCUUCUUGGAUGAUCUUUUCGAGCCCAUCUCCUUCCAGCACAUAACGGGCAGUUAUGCUGGGGCACCCGUCUUCCGCUACACCCGUUCCCAGUCCUUUGACAUCCUGGACAUUGACCACAAGUGUUUUGUGCUAGAGUCGCCAACCCAGCUGGUGGCCCUGCACCUGCAGGGACCCUCUGCCGGAAGGAAAGUGAAGCUCAACAUCGCUCUGUACCGUCCCCGGUCAUCGCAGGGCAGCCCAGGGGCUGGGCGGGUGCCUGUGGCCUUGGGUAUCAAGGGCUACCAGCUCUAUAUGUCGUGUGUGAUGAGUGGCGCCAAGCCCGUGCUGCAGCUGGAGGAAGCUGAUGUCAGGAGGGAUAUUGAGACCGUGGAGCUGACCCGCUUCAUCUUCUACCGUCUGGACAGCCCGGCCGAGGGGACUACCCGCUUCGAGUCCGCUGCCUUCCCUGGCUGGUUCGUCUGCACAUCCCUGCAGCCCCGCCAGCCUGUGGGUAUCACCAAUGCUCCUGACCAAGUGAACAUUGCUACCUACGAGCUGAGCGGGCGCUGAAGACCCCGCACCAACCCAACCGGCAGUCACCGGUUUUCAGGCUGUAUGUACUGAGUACAACCCCCUGGGAUGGGACCCCUCUCACCAUCUACUUCAGAUGAAAUAGUAGCUCUGGGCCCCAUGGGCUCAAGACACCCCAAUCCUUAUUUAUUUACUUAUUGUGUCUGGCCAGUGCUUUUAUAUUUAUUUUUUGUGCUCCCUUAUUUAUUGCUGCUUUUAACUUGUAUGUGUUUUAUUGUUAUCUGGAACGCUGGUGUUUGUAGAGAUGGAAGUGGAAAUAAAAGGUUUUCCAGGGCUGAAUUGCUCAGCUCAUUGCUCUCACGGGGGUUACAGAUGGGAAAAUCCUACUGCUUUGGCUGCUUUUGGGCACUCUCCAAGCCUGAGUGAAAGCCCAGGGGGUAGGGGGCAACCCCACAGCCCAGGGACCACCCUGAUUUGGCCAGACCCAUGCAGGAUCCUCCACCUCCUUGUCCCCAUGCCCACCACACAGCUGGGGAGUAACUGGGGUGGGCAUCCCACAGGUGGAAGUCACACGCAAAUCCUGGCAGCCACCCAGGGCUGUCACUUCUGCUCCAGCUGCUGCCACUACCCUGGCUCACUGCUAAGGCACGGCACAGUGGGCCACAGUGCAGCAGGACAGCAAGAGGCAUGGCAUGGCAUGGCGUGGCAUUACAUGACAUGGUAUGCCAUCACAUAGUAUGGUAUGGUGUGCCGUGUCCCGCAAUUUCACACCGCACCAUGCCAUAUCAUGUGAUGCCAUCACACAGCACGGCAUGGCAUGGCACGACAUUGCGUGGCAUUGCAUGGCGUUGCAUAGCGUAGCGUGGCCAGACGUGGCCACGGCUUCACAUACCGUGGCGUGGCAUGUUGUGGCCUGGCACAGUGUGUCACGACAUGUCGCAGCGCGUCCCCCUGUGUCAUCGCAGGGCCCCGCCCGCGGGGGCUCGGCCGCCAAAGAGGGCCGUUGUCCUCGCCCCCUGCCCGCCUCCAGCCAAUCACAGCUCUUCUCUCUGCCGGACCCGC